AUGGAUACGAAAAUGACUGCAGAGAUUCCUAUAUCUGAGGUGAAGCUGAGACCAACCGAAACUCGAAAGGACUUCAUGGACGAGUUAAAAGCUCGUGCGAAAAGUGCAAGUACUUCAGAAGCUACUACGCCCAUGUCAUCGUCGUGGAAGAGUGUAGCUGAUGAGAAGGAAAACACAUUUACAAAACAAAUGUCUCUCAUUCGAACGGCUGUUAUGGAGUCAGCUAAGGCAGAACGAUUGCUUAACAGCUUGAAAAGAAGUUAA